AUGGCCGCUAGCCAAACCUGUUUAGAUAUUAGUGACUUGGAUUAUGUUCUUUGUUUAUUGGAGAAAUGUUGCUUCCCAGAAACAAAAUGGUAUAAUUUUGGACUGAGACUAGGACUAAGGAAGAAUACACUGGACAUCAUUGAAGCACAGCAUCGUGGUGAUGUGCCUCGCUGUAUGACAGAGUGCCUCUCCCAAUGUACUAAUGUAUCACUGGGACAAGCUAUACUGGAUGAUAUUAGUAAGUAUUUUCCUACUCCUGAAGUGGGUGUGGUUCCUGAGACUAUUAAAGAUCAUGAUGUAGUUCCACAAGAUAAUACAAAUACUGCCAAUGAAACGAGCACUACACAAUCUGUCACAUCUAGUCCUUCUGAUGGAGCAGCUGCUAGUAAUUCAUCUUUACAACCUUUAUCACCUCAAACUGAAGUACAUGUUCCUGUUUUAAAAAAGUUACGGGGGGACUUUAGGUCAAUGAGAAUGUCUUUUGGAAGAAUGAUUUACAAAGUUAAAAAGAUUAUUAAGCAAAAAUCACCUCCUUUAGAAGAAAUGAAGGAACUAAUUUCUUGUUGUAGUACAGAUCUUAGACAAAAAGCUGAGCAAUGUACUGAUGCUUCUGGUAUUCUACGUCUAAUUCAAAAUGAGUGUUCACUGACUGAUAUUGCACUCCUUCAUAGUGUAGUGGAAGAACUGAACAUCACUGAAGCAGAUGAACGUAUUAAAGCGUAUAAAACAGAGUUAAAGGAAUUUUGUGAAUCACUAUCCAUUACUCUUUGUUUGAAGGAAAGAUUUGCUCCCAUUCAUCAUCUUCAAUGCCAGACAGGUACUUUUAUCUUUGACUGGAAGCCUGAGGAGCAUUUACUCAAUGAUAUCAGUGAGCUUCUUGCAGAAGCAUCUGGUAAGCUUUUGAAGAUUAAAUAUAUAGAGCCUUCAGAAUCAAUAUGCGUCACUUGCUCCUUUCCCUUCUCUAAUGUUGGGUUUACUGUAUUGAGGAUGAUAGAGAAUAUUCAUAUACUAAUGGGACAAGGAUUAAAGAAACUGACUAUUGGUAACUUAACAUUAUGGAGGAGACGAGAUGUUAGACAAAAGGAACUAAAAGAAAAGGAUCAAGACUUACUACAACACACUGAGGUUAUUUCUUAUAUUAUACUCGAAGAAGCUGAAUAUAAACUAAGAGAUACUAUCAGUAGCAAAGAGAAGGAGACUAUUGAAUUGAAGCAAGAAAUGUCAAUGGCUCAAGUAACUGAGGAGGAACCAUUAACUGUUCAAAGUGACACUGAGUCAAAUAAAGAAGUUGAGGAAGAACCACUUUAUGAAGAGUUGACUGUAUUGAGGUCUCAGUUUAAUGAGAUACAAAAAGAAAACAAAGAAUUGUCAGCCAAAUUAUCAAAAAUGAAAGUUGAGUAUUUGAGAUCAUUUACUAGUAAUACUGAUUCAGCUGCUAGCAAAUUUAGAAGAGAGAUGUCUUUUGAAAUUGAUGACUGCAAAUUUCAUCUUAACGCAAUGACAAGGCCAGACUAUCAGCCAUUAGUAGAUAAUAAAAGAAUAAUAGAGAAAUUACAAGAAAGAAUAACAUUAAUGAAUAUGGAACUAUUGACUAAAAGAGAACACAAUGAUAAGAUUAUAAAAGAUAUUAAAGAUCAUUGGAAAGAGAUUGAGGAGAAAAGACAGAGAGAAAAUAAACAAAAAAUUGAAGAAGAAAUAUUUGAAUUCUCAUUAUAUUGUAAUCAUCCUGUUACCGGUGAAUUAAUGGAGUCAUUACUUAAAGUUCAUAAUGAUGAAUUACUACCCAGUGUACUGGAUAAAGCUUAUGAGUUAAUGGAAUUAGCUCCUCAUAUUCCUAUUGAGAGAUGUCGUUUAGUUGAAUAUAAUCAUUGGUCUGAAGUAAUGGAUCAAUCCUUUGAUCUUGAUGAGUUUCAACAUCAAACUAUUGGACAGAUUGUAGGUAGGACUGGAUUUUAUUGCUUAUUCUUAGAAACUCAUAAAGAAAAUGAAACCUUUAAGAAAUACAAUUAUGGAGGUGUUAAUCUAAAGGUAUCAGUGGUUGAUCUGUCAACUGGUGAAGUAGGACCAGCUAAACUAGUGAGAGGAGAGCUAGGUUGGACUGUUGAAGAAUUAAAACAACAUAUAGGAGAAGUAUUUAUUAUCAAAUCAUCAUGUAUGAGAAUAGUAAAGGAGGAGGAGAAUUACUCGAGUAAUACUUCAGUCCUUGAUAUUAGUGUUGUAAUAUGUAUGACAUAUGUGUACAUGUAAUUAGUAGGUUGUGUAUUUUGUGUUAAUUAGUAUUUACGUAAACAUAUGCUUUUAAUUAAUGUA